CUCUCUCUCUCUCACGCUGUUUGAACUCUGUAGUCUGUACCGUUCGUCACUCAAAGUCUGAAUCUGUAAUGGCGUUUCCAUACAUGGAAGCUACUGUAGGUUUUAUGAUAUUGAUAUACAUUUUCGAGACAUAUCUGUGUUUGCGGCAAUAUGCUGCUCUCAAGUUGCCAACACUUCCCAGACCUUUGGAAGGAAUCAUCAGUCGGGAAGAAUUUGAAAUGUCUCGAGCCUAUAAUCUUGAUAAAAGCUACUUACAUUUUGUUCGUCUGGCUGUGAACAUAAUAAAGGACACUGUUAUACUGUACUUCGGUGUCAUACCCUGGUUCUGGAAGAUAUGGGGAGCAUUUUUUGUGUACAUUGGCCUAGAGAAUCAAAUACUUCACACACUAGCAUUCUUGGCUGGUUAUAUGAUUGGGUUACAGGUUACGGACUUGCCAUUUUCUUUGUACUCAACCUUCGUGAUUCAAGCUCGACAUGGUAUUGAUAAGAAAACAAUAUCGCUAUUCUUAGAGGAUAUCUUCCUGGAAAUUUGCUUUUAUAUUGCAAUUGGACCACCCAUUGUGGUUGCCAUCAUUGUACUAGUACAGAAAGGAGGUCCUUACUUGGUUAUCUAUCUUUGGGGAUUUAUGUAUUCCUUCUAUAUUUUGGUGAUAUCCCUUUAUCCUUUUGCAAUUGAUCCAUUUUUCAACAAGUUUACCACUCUUCCUCAUAGACGACUGAAACGGAACAUUGAGAACCUUGCUUCCUCACUCAAGUUUCCUUUAAGGAGAAUCCUUCUUGUUGAUUCAUCUACAACGUCAAGCCAUUACAAUGUUUUCAUGUAUGGAAUCUUUAAGACAAAGCAGAUAUUCAUUUAUGAGACGUUUAUUCAGCAGUGCGAAAUUGAUGAAGUUGUUGCUGUUAUUGCCAAUGAACUAGGGCAUUGGAACCAUAGGCAUACAAUGUAUAAGUUCAUUGCAAUGCAGGUCCUUAACUUUUUGCUACUUGGAGGAUAUUAUACUCUUGCGAGGAACUCAAAGGAUCUGUUUCGAAGUUUUGGAUUUGACACACAGCCCGUGGUCAUUGGUAUCAUCCUCUUUCAGUACACUCUAAUUCCCCUCCAGAAGCUUGUUGAUUUUAUUCUUAAUCUUGUUUGCCGAUCUUUUGAAUUCCAGGCUGACGCUUUUGCUAAGAAGCUUGGUUAUUCGAAGCCACUUCAAGCAGUUCUUGUGAAACUACGGAAUACAGAUGAUUCAUUUCAGGAAAAAAAUCUUGUAGAAAUGAACAUGGAUCCAUGGUACUCAGCCUACCACUGUUCUCCUCCUUCACUUGUUGAAAGACUAGCAGCACUUGAUGAAUCUAAUGAUAAAGCAGAUUGACGCGGAAAAAUGAGGCAUAAAUAUGAAGGCCUUGCUGCACAGUUAUACUACAUGUUUCUCAUCAAGGUGGGAUUGUGAGGAUGAGCAUUAAUCAGUCUUAGUUUGGUUUCCAUAUGAAUCAGGUUUGAAUUUCCAAUUCUCUUUCUCCAUGUAGCACUACAAAAGUUCCCAUGCCAUGAAAGUAGAAAAAGGAGAAAGAACUAAGCUUUGAUGAGGCUAAUUCUACAUGCGGCUGUUGCUUUCUAUUGCUUUUUCAAACUCAAAGUCAACUGUAAAUGUAAUGCCAAUGUAACGUUCAUUUGAUUGUUA